AUGGCUUCUUCACCAUCCAGAAUGCUCAACAUCAACGAGCUCAACAAGCACGCUCUCGAGCAGUUUGUCUACCAACCCGUCAGCCGCGACAUGAUUUCCUACCUCGCACAAGCCGCUCAUAAUGUCAUCUCUUGCGACUCUUCACUCAUGCCUUCGCAACACAACGCCGAUUCUCAACACAACGCCCCUCCGACGCCGCCUGAGAGCCCCGAGUCUGCUCCCGUCAAGCCCGCCGACGGUGGCCUUCCCACCGUCGAGGAAUUCAUCACCCAGCUCGUUAUUUCCUCCAACGUUCAAGUCCCGACUCUCAUGUCGACGCUCGUCUACCUCACCCGCCUCAAGUCUAAGCUCCAGCCCAUGGCUCGUGGUCUUCGAUGCACCGCCCACCGCAUCUUCCUGGCUUCUCUCAUUCUCAGUGCCAAGUACCUCAACGACUCGUCUCCCAAGAACAAGCACUGGGCCAACUAUACCCACAUCAGCACCGACAUGUACUCGUUUGGCUUCAGCCGCACAGAGGUCAACCUCAUGGAGAAGCAGCUCCUCUUCCUUCUCGACUGGGAUCUCCGCAUCGUCGAGGAGGACCUAUACCGCGCGUUCGACGACUUCCUCGAGCCUCUCCGCCACAAGGUCGCCCUCGCCCACGCCAAGCGCAUGCGCCACCGCGAGGAGAAGCGUCGCCAGCAGGAGCUGUAUGCCGCUGCCGCCUCGGCGUCCAUUCGCUAUCCCAGCCCGCCUUCGUCCCGUGGCCAGUCUCGCUCCCGACAUGCCAGCCCCGAUUUCCGUUUGGCCGCUAUCCGUGCCGGCUCCAUCACCCCGCCCGGCCUCACUUACAGCAGCUCGGCAAGCUCUUAUGCUUCGUCGCUCGCCUCUGGCUCGAGCAGACAACACUCGCGCUCUACCACGCCCCUCGACUCCGAGACGGACCCUUUUGCGUACCAGUCGAUCCUUGGCGACAGUCUCUGCGACUCCCCGGUCGAUCUGGCCAUGGACAAGGAUGCGAUUGCUGCCUCGACGCGCACGCUCAAGCCGACAGCCAGCAGACUGCAUCUUCACGACAUGGCCGAGGACCAUUACCAGCAGAUGCAGGAUGGCGUCAACAAGAAGCGUCACCGCCGCGGCAUGUGGAGCCGUUUGCUGGGUGGUGCUCCGACCGUGCGAUAG